AUGCUGCCGCCGGAGCUCCAGUCUAGGGCCUUCCGCCCUUACAUAUCCUCCUCCGCCAGCGCUCCAUCUUUUCCCACCACAUCCUCUUCCUACAACGGCGACCAAAACCCUAACCGCAGCCCUAGUCCCACCACAUCCUCUUACUAUGGCGGAGCCGCCGCCAGUAGAAGCCGCCGUUCCAGCUCAUCCAUGAAGAAUUCGAGGCUAACCCCUUCUUCAUUCAUCCACAACGGCAGAAUCGCUGUCGCGCUUGUCCCUGCUGCCGUCUUCCUCCUUGAUCUCGGCGGCGCGCCCGUAGUCGCCGCCCUCAUCGUGGGCCUCAUGGUUGCUUAUAUCCUCGACUCUCUUAACUUCAAAUCUGGCUCCUUCUUCGCCGUCUGGUUUUCCCUCAUCGUGGCACAGUUGAUCUUCUUUUUCAGCUCAUCUCUUCAUCAUACCUUCAGUUACAUCUCACUCACCGUCCUUGCUGAUUUCACUUGUGCACUGACGAAUUUCUUGAUUGGGGUUUGGGUUUCGCUUCAGUUCAAAUGGAUGCAAAUCGAAUAUCCCACCAUUGUACUUGCGCUUGAACGCCUCUUGUUCGCCUGUGUACCCCUCAUUGCAUCCGCGCUUUUUACCUGGGCAACUGUUUCUGCAGUGGGUAUGAACAACGCUGCUUACUAUCUCAUGGUAUUUAAUUGCAUUUUCUAUUGGCUGUACUCAAUUCCCCGUGUGUCAUCGUUUAAGCUGAAGCAUGAAGUGGGUUACCAUGGAGGUGAGGUACCAGAGGAUAGUUUCAUCCUAGGGCAUCUGGAGAGUUGUGUGCACACCCUAAACCUUAUAUUCUUUCCUUUGUCAUUCCAUGUUGGGUCUCACUAUUCGGUGAUGUUUUCAUCUAGCGCUGCUUUUUGUGAUUUGCUCCUCCUUUUCUGCAUUCCCUUUCUGUUUCAACUUUAUGCGUCUACCAAAGGAGCUUUGUGGUGGGUCACUAAGAAUGAGCACCAGCUGCACAAAAUCCGGCUUCUAAAUGGUGCCUUGAUAUUGGUAGCAGUCGUUGUUUGCCUGGAGGUUAGAGUUGUGUUCCUUUCAUUUGGACGUUACAUUCAUGUUCCACCACCUCUGAAUUACCUGCUUGUCUCCAUUACAAUGCUUGGAGGUGCAUCCGCUGCCGGUGCCUAUGCCCUUGGUAUGGUUUCUGAUGCAUUCAGUUAUUUGGUCUUCACUGCUUCGGCCAUCAUUGUCAGUGCUGCUGGGGCGAUUGUUGUCGGGUUUCCCAUUCUGUUCAUUCCCCUGCCGGCAAUAGCUGGGUAUUACUUGGCUCGUUUUUUCACAAAGAAGAGUUUGUCGUCAUACACUGCAUUUGUUGUGCUAGGGAGCUUGAUGGCUGCGUGGUUCGUGAUGCAUAACUAUUGGGACCUUAAUAUUUGGAUAGCAGGCAUGUCACUGAAAUCCUUCUGUAAGCUUAUAGUUGGCAGUGUAAUCCUUGCAAUGUCCGUGCCCGGUUUAGCUGUUCUUCCACCACAGUUCCGUUUCCUGACUGAAGCUGGAUUAAUCAGUCACGCACUGUUGCUGUGCUAUAUCGAAAAUAAUUUCUUCAACUACUCAAAUGUGUACUUCUAUGGGAUGGAUGAUGAUGUGAUGUAUCCUAGUUAUAUGGUUGUCAUGACUACUUUUGUGGGUUUGGCCAUUGUGAGGAGGCUUUCUGUGGAUCAGAGGGUUGGAUCCAAGGCAGUUUGGGUUCUGACAUGUCUGUAUUCCUCAAAGCUGUCUAUGCUUUUUAUGGCGUCGAAGGCUGUGUUGUGGGUCUCAGCAGUUCUGUUGUUGGCAGUCUCUCCUCCUUUAUUGCUUUAUAAGGAUAAACUUAAAUUAGCAUCAAAGAUGAAGCCAUGGCAAGGUUAUGCACAUGCUGUUGUUGUUGCUUCAUCUGUGUGGUUCUGCCGUGAAACUAUCUUUGAAGCCUUUCAGUGGUGGAAUGGGAGGUCUCCUUCUGAUGGUUUGCUUUUGGGCUCUUGCAUCCUGUUGACUGCAUUGGGUUGUGUGCCAAUCGUUGCCCUGCACUUUUCACAUGUCAUGUCGGCUAAGAGACACUUGGUGUUGGUUGUAGCAACUGGUCUGUUACUGAUUAUGAUGCAGCCACCAAUGCCAGUGACAUUGACGUACCAUUCCGACCUAAUCAGAUUGGCCCGUCAAUCGGCAGAUGACAUAUCUAUUUACGGCUUCAUGGCCGCAAAACCCACAUGGCCAUCAUGGCUGCUCAUUAUAUCCAGCCUCGUAACUCUUGCUGGCGUCACUUCCAUUAUCCCCAUCAAAUACAUAGUCGAGCUCCGCACAUUUUACGCAAUCGCCCUUGGGGUUUCUCUCGGUGUCUACAUUUCCGCCGAGUACUUCCUUCAGUCGACCAUUCUCCACGCCCUCAUCAUACUCACCAUGAUCUGCACUUCCGUAUUUGUCGUCUUCACCCACUUGCCCUCUGCCUCGAGCACAAAGCUUCUCCCUUGGAUCUUCGCACUAAUCGUGGCCCUCUUCCCGGUCACAUACUUACUCGAGGGCCAGGUCAGAAUUAACAAAACAUGGGUUGAUGACGUGGCUGAUGAAAACAGUGGCCAAAUGGCGACAUUGCUGGCGAUAGAAGGAGCUCGAACUUCCCUCCUCGGCCUUUAUGCAGCGAUUUUCAUGCUAAUCGCGCUCGAGAUCAAAUUCGAGCUCGCUUCCCUCGUUCGCGAUUCGUCAUCAUCGUCGGGCGGCCGCCGCCAGUCUGCCGCCCCCUCGGCCGCCGUUCCACCGAGGCUGAGAUUCAUGAAGCAGCGGCAGGCUUUGGCCGGGCCUCCGGCCAGUUUUACGAUCAAGAGGAUUUCGUCCGAGGGGGCGUGGAUGCCAGCUGUCGGCAAUGUGGCUACCGUGAUGUGCUUCGCGAUAUGCCUUAUCCUCAACGCGCAUUUAACCGGAGGAUCCAACCGGGCGAUCUUUUUCCUGGCUCCGAUCCUUCUUUUGCUGAACCAGGAUUUGGAUUUUUUCGCUGGAUUUGGGGAUAAGCAGAGGUAUUUUCCGGUCACGGUGGCUAUCUCCGGUUACUUGGUGAUAACGGCGAUUUACAGCGUUUGGGAGGACCUGUGGCAUGGAAAUGUCGGGUGGGGGGUUGAUAUUGGGGGGCCCGAUUGGGUGUUUGUGGUGAAGAAUUUGGCUCUCCUUAUGCUCACUUUCCCCAGCCAUAUUCUGUUCAACCGAUUUGUUUGGAGCUAUACGAAGCAGGCUGACUCGAGGCCUUUGCUGUCUCUGCCUCUCAAUCUUCCCUCGGUAAUCAUGACUGAUAUAAUCAAGGUUAAGAUUCUGGGGCUACUUGGAGUUAUAUACUCCUUGGCACAGUAUCUGAUUUCCAGACAGCAGUAUCUCUCAGGUUUAAAGUAUAUUUAG